AUGGACAAACCAACCAGCAGCGACACGGCCUGGCAGCGCGAAAAGACAACCAUCAUCCAGGCCAUCACCAAGGUGGCGCCCUGCACGGUGCUGCUCGACGUGCUCUGCGUGCCGCUCGAGGUGGUCGGGGGCGCCGUGUCGCGCACCGUGGUGGUCUGCACCGAGACGAGGAUCGACAACGCCACGCGCGCCGCCAUCCGCACGCGCAUCGCCGCCCUCAACCCGUGCGAGGACCGCUUUGACGUCGUCUACAGGACCGGCGAGAUCAACCGCAUCUACGCCGAGGUCAUUGGCGCGAGGAGGGAGUGGAUCGCGGCCGUGUUUGACGAGGAGCCGGUGCCGACUCGGGAUGCUGCUUUGGUCGAGGGCGACGAGGUAGAGGCCAAGGAGACGCUGGCCAUGGUGGAUGAUCUGGUCAAGGCAGAGGUUGCCAGGGCGCUUCAGGAGAUCGAGGCCGAGGCCGAAAAGUCAUCGCCAGCAGCCAGAGGAGAUGCUACCCAGGACCAGGUCACUUUGAACAUUUCCAGACCUCGUGCUGCAAAACCAGCUGCCAGGCCGUCUGGACUCCAGGCCCCCAAGACCAUCUCGACAGUCCCAAGCAGACUACAGGCCCCAAGCAGAUUACAGGCCCCAAGUAGACUGCAGGCCCCAUCUCGGUCCCUCUCCAUGUGCUCAAAGCAGAGUCCCUCCGUUACACCCAAGGUCCAGCAGCGACAGCAGCAGCAGCCCAAAACAGUCCCCCGCGCACAGAGCACCAGUAGACUGCAGGCACCACAAAAGACGCCUUCGCUGUCCGCUCCCCUGCGAGCUCCGGUCAAGACCAAGCUUGUACAGCCUCGAGCAAAGACGGAGCCUGCUGGCAAGUCUGUUAUGCCACGGCCUGCUGGUAAAGCGCUGGCACCGCCUCAGGUUCGAGGGCUUCCUCGACCGGCUUCGUGUGUUGCUUCGGGAGUGGGUGGUCCUUCUACAAGGAUAGGCAUGCUUCCAAGGGCUCUCCCUCGACCGACAAGAGGUUAG